GCUGAGGCGAAGGGGCAGAGCGUUCCCGCCGCGUGCGCUCCCGGUCGCAGCGCGCCCCAGCAUGUCCCAGACAGUGGCUCUGACCGGCCCCUCGCCCUGGGGCUUCCGGCUGGUGGGGGGCAAGGACUUCAGCACCCCGCUGACCAUCUCCAGGAUUAAUCCUGGGAGUAAGGCAGCCAUGGCUAACCUGUGCCCUGGAGAUAUUAUUCUGGCAAUUAAUGGAGAGAGCACAGAAAACAUGACUCAUCUAGAAGCACAAAACAAGAUCAAAGCAUGUAUGGACCAGCUGAUGCUAUCUGUGAACAGGGCUGAAGGCAAGACUUGGUCUCCUAAUAUUCUAGAAGAUGGAAAAGCACAUGCUUACCGGAUCAACAUAGAGUCAGAAUCACAGGAUAAUGGGCCCACUCAGAGCCGAAGACCAGUGCCCUAUGCUCCCGGAGGGAGCCCCACUGACAACAAACAGAUGUUGAACUUACAGUACAAUAAUCCAACGCGACUCUAUCCAAAUAACAAUGUCGAAUCCAGUUUGCCAGCACAGAUGAGUGGGCUCCAUAUUGCUUCGCCACACAGUGCUGACCCUUUAAAACCUCUCCCGAGAAGCAGAAAUAGAAUUGACAUGGAGUCAGAUGUGUACAAGAUGCUCCAGGAUUACGAAAAGCCAGCUUCGGAGCCUAAGCAGUCUGGAUCAUUCCGGUAUUUGCAGGGCAUGUUAGAAGCCGGAGAGAAUGGUGAAAAACUCGACCGACUGACUGGCCCAAGAAACAUCAAAUCUCCAGUAUCAAAACUUGGUGGUGCCAUGUCUGGAUUGCAGAUGCUUCCUGAGUGCACCAGAUGUGGAAAUGGGAUUGUAGGGACCAUUGUCAAAGCUCGGGACAAGCUCUACCACCCAGAAUGUUUCAUGUGCAAUGACUGUGGCCUAAACCUGAAGCAGAGGGGAUAUUUCUUCAUCGAGGAGCAGCUGUACUGCGAAACGCACGCAAAGGAAAGGGUUAAGCCCCCCGAAGGAUAUGAUGUUGUCGCUGUUUAUCCAAACGCAAAAGUCGAACUUGUCUAAGUGCAUACUCUAUUCCUGGAGAGGUCAAAAGGCAACUCGCCCACCCACACGCACGCCGCUAGUUUUAAAAUAUGUCAGUAAUCAACUCCGAUUACUAGCGUCUCAGUAAAAUGCCUAUUCAGAGAUAAAGCGGUUUACACUAGGGAUCUCAAGGGGAUGGUGUUGAAAGCAUAUGAACAGAUUUUUUCCUUCCUUUUGACGCUCUGCUUUUGGGUUGUUGUGCUGGGGAGGGGGUUAAAUAAGUUCUGCCAUGGCCUUGUCCAAGAUCUGUGUAAAUAUUGAUUAAUGUUCUACUAUGUUUCAUAUAAAACCAGUAUUCUUUUUUUCUCUUCAUUUUAAAAUGUAAGGAAAACAUUUUAAAAGCUCAAAGGAAAUAAGGCACUUUAACAAGAGAAACUAACUUUUAUUGCAUUGCUUUAGAUCCAUACCUUUCAGUAACACAUUGAGACCAUGUGGAAGCUAUGUUCCUGCAAUGCAGCACGGUGGUGGGGUGGAGAGAGUUUCAGACAAGAUCUGAUAUUAAGCAGAGAUGACUGUCCUGGGCAAAAAUGAUUUUUUUAAAAAGUAGCCGAGGUGAAAUUCACUAGUUACAUUACAUGGCAUUGACCUGAUCUGCAGACCUGAUUCAGGUUUCCAUCAAAAAGGCACUUUGCCCCUACAUUCUGCUAUAACAGUGGUUCUCAAACUUUUGUACUGGUUACCCCUUUCACAUAGCAAGCCUCUGAGUGCGACCCCCCUUAUAAAUUAAAAAUACUUUCUAAUAUAUUUAACACCAUUAUAAAUACUGGAGGCUGACAACCCCCCAUGUAAUAACCUCACAACCUCCGAGGGGUCCCGACCCCCAGUUUGAGAACCCCUGUGCUAUAAGGUUUGCUUUUCUUUUUCUUUAUAAUUCCUGGAAUUCUCUGAUAUCUAAUGCUUGGGACCCUGAAAUAGUACUGGGGCUGCCUGGGUGAUUCCUGAACUGGUCUUCAGCUCCUAAGUUUGACUGCCUUGUUCUUCCCCUGGCAGAGGGUAUCUAUGUUUUUGUUCAUCAUAGGCCUGAUCCAGCUUUUGCUGUUUUCAGUGGCCCCUAGAAUUGUACAGCAGCUCUUAAAACUACCUGCCAUUCUGGCUCUCUGUGGAACCAAUAGCAAAAUCCAUCAAGAACGUAGAAAGUUACAUCAGAACUGGUAAAUGCAGCUACUCUUCCUGGCCUAGAGUGAGUGGGAUCAGAUUUGGACCCACUGAUGCUCAGUGCAAACCCAAGCCAUUAACAAGGUUUGGUUUCCUUUUCGUUUUGGGGAAACGUUUGGUUUUAUUGGGAGAGAUGUUUUGUUCUGGUGUUUGGAGGAUUUUAUUUUGCUCGGGCAUCCUGCUGGAGCGGCAUCUGACAUCCAGUACUGGCUGAACAUUGGGCCAUUUUGUAAGCUGUGAACUGAGAUUUGGCUGCCUGAUUGCCACUCCUGCUAAUGGAAGCCAUGUGGCCAAUUUCCCCCAUGCACCGCUUUUGAAACCUUAUCCCUGCAUUACCAGGACAUUAAAAAUAAGAAGCCUGGAAACAUUUUUCUUUUAGAAAGGUCAUGUUUGCUGCUGCUGAUCUCUCCCAUUGGAAGAGGCAGUAGGAUGCAGUUGCCACAAUAACCACCAUAUACUAGGCAGCUCAUGAGAUUAGUCCACCCUUAUGAAUUGAAUUUGCACUUCAGAGAGAGGUAGAGGGCAUUCCACUGAAAACUGGUGGACUGUAGUUCCCCCAACUCCCUUUGGGAUCAGUGGGGGUUGGAGACACUCAGCUUGCUGGACUAGACGACCUUUGAACCGUAGACGUGGUUUAAAAACAGAACGGAAAACAAAUCACCUUUUUUCUGUGUCAGAAAGCCGAACGUUGAACUGCAUGUUGCCAGGGUUACCGUAUCCUGGUUAUAGUUCUGGUCUUUUUCUUAGCAGUUAAAGAGCAUCAACAGUAACUCUUGAGAAACACAAGACCUCCCCACGGCAUUCCACGCAGCUCCUAGUAAAACAUUCAGGGCAAACAUUCAGUUCAGUUCCGUUCCGGGCAGAUCAUAGGUUUUGAUCACUCUCCAGAAAAGAAUGUGUUGUGAUUUGAAUUGGACAGUCUAGGACAGGAUUAUUUAUCAAUAUCAAAAAGAGUUACUAUCUGAUCGGGGGUGCUAUUUCUGCCUAGUUCCCCUACUCCAGCCCAUUAGUGCCAGGGCCAGCUCCAGCUUUUUUGUCAGCCCAAGCAGUGAAGCGAAAAAAAAAAAAAGAUAAAGCCGCUCGGCGGCACUUCAGCGGCAGCUCAAAGAGGAAGAGAGGGACUGAGGGACCUGCCACUGAAUUGCCGCCGAAAACCCGGACGUGCCACCCCUUUCCAUUGGCCACCCCAAGCACCUGCUUCCUUCGCUGGUGCCUGGAGCCGGCCCUGCUUAGUGCAGAGAAUUGUGAGGAAAGCAAAACAUGGCUCUCUGAUACACAGCUGCCUCUUCUGGGCAGGCACAAAACAGUAUAGAUGGGGCAACUGGCCUGCCCCUCUUUCCUGUCGCUUUUCCCUAAUAGGAGUCUGAGAAAUGGGGUCUCGGAAGAAGGUCAGAAAAAAAGAUCUGUUGGCUAGUGCUAGGCAUAGAAGUCACCUGUAGAAAUCGUCCUUCCUAUGGCUGCUCAUCACACGGUGACACAGAGAGGCUGUGAGGGUUUGAGUGGCAUAUUCUUUAUUUUGUUUGAAGCUAUGCUGGAUCACAGGAGGGAGGUUUGCCUGCCAGAAAUGGGACACCUGGUUAACCGUGUACUGGUGAAACCGGUUGCUGGCAUAGCGCUGGUAUUCAAGGUUUCCUAGUGCUGAAUGUGCUGUAGUAUUGGCAGGUUGCAUGAGAAGCCAGGGUCAGGAAAUCCUGAGUCCAGGUGCCACAAGUCUGGCUGCUACUGUUCAUGUAUGUCUAACUCAGUUGCAGGAAUUCUUCUGGUGGCAGGGUGAGGGCAUUUCUCAGUGUGAGGGUCAUUCCAGCUGACAGCAGCAUGUCCAUUCUUGCUUUUGUUUCAUGCAUUCAGGGGAUCAGUGAUUUACAGCGGUGCUAGCGGAAGUGAGAGCCUAAUAGCACGGCUUAAAGCUUGACGUUUUGGUAAAUAAGGGCUGGCUCUUUUAUUUUUUUCUUCAGUUAUGCAGUUUAAUCCUGACCAACAAUGCAUCUUCCAUGCUUGGCCUGAACUUCCCCCAAACAAAAGUUACCCAUCCCGCAGAAUGGAGCAGUAGUUUUAUAAUGUGGUUUAGAGAGUAGCUUGUUUUCGCUUGUGAUCUGUUCAGGAUUUGAACCCAGUGUUCGUCCCAAGAGACAAAAGGCUAUGGCAUUGAUGCACUGUCCCUUAGCCCCAUGUGUUUCUCCUGGUAAUGGAAAAUACCUUUCCCCCUUUUAUAUCCUGUGCUCACCAUCAAAACCUGCAUCAAGUCUGUAAAUCCAUCCACAUCCUGGUUUGCAACUCUCUUCAGUGAGGAGCGGCUUUAAUUAUUAAGGUACAGGUAACAUACGGGGGUUCUGUCACAUAGCUGAGUGUAAGUCUCCCCUUACAUCUGCUUAGUCUUUCUUAAGGGAUGGGACCAUCUGAACAUUGAUACUUUGGACAACAGUAAAUGAUUAGCUGUACUGCUAAACUCCUAAUCAAGUAUAAAAUAUUAUUGCACUGUGUUUGCCUGCCACUAGUGGAAGCUUAUUACUUUGCAAUUGUUAUACACAUUCACUUGUACUUAGUUUAUUAACCUCGUACAUUACUGGGCCCGGCUUAAUUGGUUAUAAUAUGUUCUGUGAAGUGGGCGCCUGCCUUACCUGGUUUUGGGGUUGUGCUCGGGUAUUUACGUGCUGAUGUAUCAUCGCUGACAAUUGGUCUCUUUGCGCUUCCUCUAUAAAUGUUGCUUGUGGCUCAUUUCCUCUAGCUUUACUGCUCCACUUAAAAGUUCAUGCUCAUUUUCUCAUGUGCCCGUUAGCUAAUUGUCUGCUUAAUGAGAAAUCAUGGUAGUCCAGGACUAGGAGUCAAGAGAUAUGGGGUGUGCUGCCAGUCGUGCCUGGGGCAAGUCACUUAACCCUGCUCUCUGCCUCGGUUUCCCCAUGUGUAAAAUGAGUGUAAGACUUCUUCAUAUGGCUGUUGUGAAGCUGAGUUCAUGUUGUCAAGCACCUUGACAUACUCAGAUGGAAGGUGUCCUUUUAAUCAUGAAGUAUAUUUUUAAUCAAACACCAAGAUUUAAGAUUGUAAAGGCGUUUUCCCCUAUUGUAAGUGCCCUCUCUCAGAAAGCCAUUGCGUAAUAGCAGGUAUGGGACACAAGCAUGUGUCCCCAUUGGAUUGGCUUGAGUCGAAACAGACACUUUACAUCCUCCUGGUUCCCACAGAGAAAUAAAUAGUCAAACAUCCUCUUUAGGCCCUUACCCGUUUUCUCAUUAUUAAAAUAUUUGUGGCAACAAAGAAUGAUAGUUAAUGCCUGAUGGGCACGUGUAAUAAUAAUCAUAUGGGGACCUGGCAGGAAGUCAGAAGCAUAGUGACGUAGAGCAGAACAUGGAAGUUUCUGAACAAACGGGAUUGAGUGCAGAGUUGACUGGGCAGGAGGAAGUGUUACUACGAGACUGGCCUACCUAGCUUAUCCAAAUGUAUUGUUGUGAGAACGAGGUAUGUGUCAGGUUGAGCCAUCUACCACUUUCCAGCACCUCUGUCUCCUGUUCAGCCCCAUUUGUAAGGCGGUUUUUCACACUGCAGGUGUCCAGCAUACUCUUCACAUGUGUUCUAACACUAACAUGAGGCACCGCCUUAGACAUUCAUAAAUUGCUUCAUUACCCUUGUGUUUGAAUGUAUAAAUCAAGCAAACCAUUCACUUAGGCGUGCUCAGUGGUCUCGUUUAGCUGUUAUAUAAAUAACUGCUGGCAAGAUCUGACCUUAGGGAUUCAAACUUACCUCUCUUUUCAUUUGAAAAUAAGUUCCCACAAAUCAAAAUUUCCAUACACUUGUCUCAUGGCCACUCUUUCUUAUGAGUAAUCAACUCAUUUGCUCCCCUGAGUAGCUUAAACAUGGAGCCACCUCACACAAUAAUAUCCUGUGGUAAAUUAGUUCCUGGACUGAUUCCAUUUCGCUUACAUUAUUUGUCUCAUAACAAAUGACUAAAACCAGACUGCUGUUCUACCUGCCGUACCAGGCUAGUGACAAGAAUGAACUUUGUAAAUACUGCAAGUGUCUGUUAACUCUAUUAUUUAACUCUGUAAAGCAUUUGGGGGAGAACGUUUGUAUGAAAUACAAAAUAAAGUUGUCCUGUCAGUU